GGCUUUCUGUAAAUAGCUUUUUAUUUGACAUCUUUUGACACUUGUCAACAAUUGUAGUUUUAUAAUUAUUAUUAAAUUAAAAUUAAAUAAUGGCUUCGUCUGAAGCAAUCCAAGUGAGUUCUUUACCGUUGCCUCCAAUGCAGUACAUCAACCAUUACACGGAUGAGAUGAUUCGGCGAGGGCGAACCCCUAGGCCUCCUCCCCCGAUUCAAGAUACUUAUCACAUGUUUGGAAACGCGUUUAAUACCGAAGAAAGCAUAAUCAGGCCUCUAGAAAGUCAAGGUAUCAAACGAUUAUAUCCCCUCCACUUUGAUAGACGAAGGGAAUUGAAAAAAUUGAACCAGUCGUUGUUGGCCAAUUUUCUAGAUUUACUCGACUUACUUGUGAACUGCCCCGAUUCGCCAAAAAGAGCAGAAAAAGUCGAAGAUUUAAGCCUGUUGUUUAUUCAUAUUCACCAUUUGUUGAAUGAAUUUCGGCCACAUCAGGCCAGGGAAACACUGAGGGUCAUGAUGGAGUUGCAAAGACGACAAAGGAUUGAGACGGCCAAUAGAUUUCAGAAACAUUUAGACAAAGUAAUGGAGAUUUUGCAACAAGCAAUUCAAAACCUGCCUGAACCAAUGGAAGUUGAUUCAAAGUUGCUUGUGGAAACCGAACUUUUAGUAAAUCAAGAGAAGGCGUCAAAGGAGGAGAACAAAUCUGAUCCGUGUUUUAUCUUAGAUAGGAUUAUGUGCAAAAUUGUGGAUGAUAUGUAAUAAGUAAUUAAUUUUCCAAAUCGUUUUAUUGAAUACUAAGUAUAGAAAACAAAUUCAAUUUAAUCUCUAAA